GGCGGCCCCAAGGGGAAAACCCGUGGGCGGCCGGGCAGACUGGACCGGAAGGCGGGUCUGGGGUCCCCGCUGGGGCGGAGCGCUGUGAGACUUGUGCCAGCCGUAAGGAGAGAUGGGGAACAGCAAAAGCCGUUCGGGGCAGAGGUGUUGCUCACAGUUUCUUCCCGAGGAACAGGCUGAGAUCGACAGGCUGUUCGAUGCUCUCUCGUCAGAUGAAAGCUGCUCAAGUACCUCGCCCCGGUCCUUCUCUCUGAAGGCACUAAAGAACCACGUUGGGGAAGCUCUCCCCUCAGAGAUGGUCACCAGACUGUACGAUGGCAUGCGGAGGGUCGACCUGGCAGGGAAGGCGAAGGGGCCCAGCGAGAGUGUUUCCUAUGAGCAGUUCACAGUGUUCAUGUCCCACCUGCUGAAAGGAAACUCCGAGGAGAAGAGUCUCAUGAUUCUGAAGAUGAUCUCUGCCACAGAAGGGCCUGUGACAGCCAGAGAAGUCCAAAAGUUUACAGAGGACCUGCUUGGCUCUGUGGUGCACGUGCUAGGCCACAGGCAGGAGCUGGGAGGCUGGACCGGGAAGAAAGCCCCAGGUGCAGUCCCCAGCGUGCGGGCAUUGGCUGCUCAGCUGCUCUCCGAAAUGAGGCUUCCAGGUGGCGAGAGGCUUCUGGGGCCUCAAUGGCUGGACUGUGACUGUGACCGAGCCACGAUCGAGGACUGGGUGUUCAGGUCCCCCCACGUGGCCACAUUUCUGAGUGUGAUCAUCCAUAAAGGUUUGCUUGUCCUGUGCUCGUCCCUUGACCUGGCCAGCCUGGUCCCAGAGCGCCAGGUGGACCAGGGGAGGGAGUUUGAGAGCCUCCUGGAUGUCCUGUCGGUCAUCUACCUGGACUCCCACCUGCCCAGGGAGUGGCAGCACCGCUGGCGUCUUCUCUUCUCAUCCGAGCUCCAUGGGCACAGCUUCUCCCAGCUCUGUGGACGCAUCACCCAUCGGGGGCCCUGCGUGGCCCUCCUUGAGGACCACGAUGGCCAUGUGUUCGGGGGGUUUGCCUCCAGCUCCUGGGAGGUCAAGCCUCAGUUUCAAGGGGAUGACAGAUGUUUCCUGUUCUCCAUCUCCCCCAGCAUGGCGGUGUACACGCACACAGGCUACAACGACCACUACAUGUACUUGAACCAUGGACAGCAGACGAUCCCAAAUGGACUGGGCAUGGGAGGCCAGUACGAGUACUUUGGGCUCUGGGUGGAUGUCGAUUUUGGGAAAGGACACAGCAAAGCCAAGCCCACGUGCACCACGUACAACAGUCCGCAGCUGUCCGCCCAGGAGAACUUCCAGUUUGACAGGAUGGAGGUGUGGGCGGUCGGGGACGUCCCCGAGGCGCAGCUGGCCAAGAGCAGCAAGAGCAUCCUCGACACGGACCCCGAGGCCCAGGCCCUGCUGGAAAUCAGUGGGCGAACUCGCCACAGCCAAGGGCUCCGGGAAAUCCCAGAUGACAAUGAGUAAAGAGCCCCCUGAAGUGAGGAGGAGUUCCCCGACCUGCGGGUCUUCCUGGGCUGUAACACGCACCCCCUGGACAGAUGCGUAGUCUGUGGACCCUCAGUCCUGGGAAGAGCGUGAGGUCCUUGACCCUCUCCCCUCCCACAUUGGCUGAACUUUAAUACAGAGCUGCACGGAUCACGUCCACGUGGUCCUGCACGUGCUUAACCACGACACAGAGCUGGUGCCAAGAAAAAUGCCUCUCCUGCCAUAUAUUGAUUGGUGGGUAUAUCUCUCAGAAAUCUUAUGUGUCCAAUUAGACACUUAAUCUUAUACUUGGUUCAUUUCAUAUCAAUGAAAUCCAAAGACGCUGAGACAUUUGAAACCUCUGUAGGAGUUAGUGUUUGUUUGGAAUGUGAGCUCUUGCCAUGGAGGAGGGGGUUCCACCCCGAGGGUCACUUGGCCUCUGCUCUGGCCAUCCCGGUUAGAAAGCAUGCCUUGAGGGUCCAUUUUGACUGGUAAAGCACAGAGGAUGAGAAUCUUGAUGCUUUUGGGGAACAGGUUCCAAUGGUGUGGAAUUUCUUGUAUGUAUUAAAAAUAUUAAUGGGGGGAAUAGCCAAAGACUUUGAAGUUAACAUGGUCUCACAGUGGUAUGGAUCCUCAAUAGGUGUUUGUAAUUACGGUUCAGCAUGUAGCUUUCUCAGCUUUUAAAAAAUGAACCUUUGCUAUGAACAAACAGGAAAAUUGGGAGAUCUAUGUACAGAGAAGCAAGGCUGUGCUGACUUAAAUGUGGGGCAUGUCCAGGGGCCGUAAGUCUGGGAGCUUGGUUGGUAUAAAUGUAUGGUCCAUCCCAUAAAUCAGUGGUGAAUUCCAACCCAGUGCUGGCCUGAGUUCUAGACCCCUGGGCACCAACAUGAUUGGUAUUGCCACUUGCCCAGGGCUGCUUCUGAAGGGAAUAAUGGGGAAUUCGACAGUGUAGACUCACUUUGAACAAACUCCAGUGAUCCUGAAAUAGCGAAGGUUACUUAGGGUUGGGCCUCCGAGCAGAGCUGUGCUCUCCCCAUCUGAGACAGGCCUGAAAAACUAACACACUGUGAGUCACCAGUUGACACACCAUUGAGAAUUCCCCUCUUAAAGGAGCAGUGAGCUCGUCUCUAAGAUACAUACCUCUUCCUUUUGUCUUUGCUGUAGAUGUUGACCUUUUGCAUAUCUGAUGAAAAUGCAGCCAUUUAUUAUAUACUUUGCCUUGAGUACAAGCCAUGGUAAAUUGAGCUAUUUGCAUUAUGCGGGUUCUGCAUUUUCUACCAGAAGGCUCAGCAAACCUUCUACUUGGCAAUAUUCCUGACUAAGGCAGAAGGCCUCAUAAAUUAGCCUGCAAAAGAAAAGUGCAUGCUCAGACAGUAUGUGGAGGGGCAGGAGUGUGACACAGGACAGAAUUUAGUUGUGAUUGAUUCUCCUUAUAAGAAGCCAGUUUUUAAUAGCUUCUGAGUACAUUAUGUGAUCUUCCUGAUGGGAUAGCAGGUACAGAAUAUUAGGAUCCUCAAAUAUCCCUACUAUCAAUCCAAAGAAUUAGGUUCCCAAUUGUCACUUUGUUUUAGAAUGUUUUUUGUAAAAAUGCAAUUAAAUACCUCACUAAUAAAAGGUCU